GUGUAUCUCGUCUCUAUACCCAUCUAUAAUAUUUGGUUCCAUCCUCUUCGAAAGUAUCCCGGUCCAAGAUUAUGGGCUGCAACACAGAUUCCCUUUGUCCGCAUGAUCUUCUCUGGCAAAUCCCAUCAGAAAAUGCUCGAGCUGCACAAAACUUAUGGCGACGUCGUCCGAAUUGCACCCGACCAACUGGCCUUCAGUGAUGGCGCAGCCUGGCAAGACAUCAUGGGUCACCGAAAGCGUGGCCAGGGAGAAAACGGCAAAGACCCCGUCUUCUGGAAGUCCAACCAGCACAGCGUGAUUUCCGCUGAUCGCGAGAAUCACACCCGGAUGAGGCGAACUCUAGCCCAUGGAUUCUCGGCUCACUCCAUGAUGGAGCAGCAACCUCUGAUCCAAGGCUACGUCGAUCUUCUCAUUCAGAAACUACGCGAAAAUUGCGCCGAUGGCAGCAAGCCUGUGGAAAUGACUUCGUGGUAUAACUACACAACUUUCGACGUCAUCGGCGACCUCGCUUUUGGAGAGCCCUUUGGCUGCUUGGAGAACUCUGACUACCAUCCCUGGGUCUCUUUGAUCUUCGACAGAAUCCGCGUAGGCGCAGAGUCUAUUGCUUUGCGUCGCCUUCCCUUUGGAGAAAAACUUAUUCAGAUUUGCCUUACAAAGAGGGAGCGCAAAAGGUUCCAGGAACACUUUGAGCUUACGCAACAAAAGGUCAACAAGAGGCUGGCGCUGCCUAGCUCGCGACCGGAUUUUAUGGAAGUCAUGACCAAACGGGAGGGUGACCAGUUCUCGCUCCCUGAGCUCUGGGACAAUGCAAGCCUUUUGAUCAUUGCUGGAUCGGAAACGACCGCGACGACUCUGUCAGGCGUUACCUACUUCUUGCUGACCCAUCCGGAAGUUUUGGAGAAAGUGAAGAAUGAAGUACGAUCGAGCUUCACGAGUGAAGACCAGAUUGACCUCAUCAGUGUGCAAAAACUAAACUAUAUGCUGGCCGUUCUGCAAGAGACACUUCGAAUGUAUCCUCCUGUCCCGAGCGCGAUCCCGCGGAGGGCGCAGCCAGGUGGCGAUGUCAUUUGCGGACAAUACGUUCCCGAAAACGUGAGUACUAUCCUCGGCAUCUGGCAAUGGCCCAUGUAUCAUCUGUCCAAGAACUUUACAUUGCCCGACUCGUUCAUCCCGGAACGUUGGCUCGGCGAUGCCCGAUUCUCCAGUGACCCUAAGGAUGUCCUCCAGGCCUUCUCCUUUGGCCCUCGCAACUGCAUCGGAAAGAACCUCGCGUAUGCUGAGAUGCGCUUGAUUCUCGCAAAGAUCAUGUGGCAUUUCGACCUCACGCUGCAUCCGGAUAGUGCGGAUUGGAUGGAGAGGCAACAGGCUUUUACGCUCUGGCAGAAGCCGGAUCUUAACGUCUUCAUCAAGCCGAGGGCCACGCAAAGUGAAUAA